CAUCCAAAACGUAUGUGUUUUGACUGUUAUUGACGAAAACUACAGGGUAACCACAAUCACUCACAAAGCACAGAUGAGAAAGUAGCAUCCUCAGUGUCUAGUGUCUACCGGAAGUAAUUUUAGGUCAGUCUGCUUUUUCAUUUUGUUUCGGUGGACGAUCCGAUCCUUCGAUCCAAUGAAUUGAAGAAAUUGAACCGGAAACUAAGAUGUCGCAGCAAAACAUGAAUUGCAAUUUAAAUAAUAACACUGGUAAUAAUAUUCCAGUGAGCGAAGUGUAUUGGUCUCUCGUCGAAAAAGCCGACAAGAAGUUUUCAAAGAUCAGAGACUUGCCUUAUUAUGAGCGCAACAGGUAUGACACAUACUUUUAUAAAGUAUUCAAACUUUACACACAGCUGUGGAAGUAUCAACAAGAAAACAGAGAAAAGUUGGUUGAAGCAGGGCUUAAAAGAUGGGAAAUUGGGGAGAUUGCCUCUCGAAUUGCGCAGCUUUAUUUUGGACAAUAUAUGCGGACAAGUGAUAUGAGUUAUCUGUCUGAGUCAUAUAUCUUUUAUGAUGCAAUAUUGACACGGGAAUAUUUUAGAGAUGGAUUGUAUCAACAUUUGAAUCUGGCAAACAAACAGUUGAGAUUUCUUGCUAGGUUUUUGAUGGUGUGUUUAGUUCUGAAUCGACGCGAGAUGGUAAAUCAGUUGGUUGAUCAUCUAAAAAUGUUGCUCGAUGAAUGCAAGAGGACAUUUUCGGAAACAGACUUUAAGGAAUGGAAGUUGGUGGUUCAAGAAAUAGUUAGAUUUUUGAAAGCUGACACAGCUUUUAUGAAUAUUAGGCCUUUAAGAUAUAGUCUCGUACUGGACCCUCAUGCAGAUGCUCUGCCGGGUGUUGCCACGUCUGCUGCAAAGAGAAGUUUAAAAUUACGAGAGGCUAUAUUGAGCAGCUACCACUAUAAUGAGGUCAAGUUUUCAGAGCUCACUCUUGACACCUUCAGGAUGCUUCAGUGUCUGGAAUGGGAACCCAGUGGUUCAUUUUUUCUGUCAAGUAAUAUUAAAAUUGGUCAGAAUGGGGGCCCAGGGCCUAGUCGCAUAAACUACUCUCAGGAUAUUGCUGAUCCUACUUUACCACCCAACCCACGAAAAGCCAUCUUACACCGUCCAUCUGUGACACAUUUUAUAGCAGUUUUGGCCACAAUUUGUGAGGAGCUACCUCCAGAUAGUGUUCUCUUAAUAUAUUUAUCUGCAUCAGGUGUAGGAACUUCUACAAAUGCUGCUGAUAACAGUAACAGGAACUUUGAGUCUCAUACCAUUUCCUCGGAUGCCUGCUCCACUUCUCCAUCCAACUUGACAACUAAUAGCACGAACCCCACCUCACAGCAAAUGAAAGGAGAAUGUUUAUAUUGCCAUACUGGGUGUUUGCAGUUUGGCACUCGUGGAAAUGGAGUUCCUUUCCCAGGAUUAAGCUGCAUUUAUCCUUCUGAUAUUAUUCCCUUCACGAGAAGACCACUUUUUAUAGUAAUUGACAGUGAUGGUAGUGAAUCAUUCAAGGCUAUAAGUGGGGCUGAGAAGGGUGAGCCAGCUGCAAUGCUCCUAUCACCAAGUAGUUCAAUUCCCAUUGCUGGUGCUGAUGUCUCUCGCAGCCCAUGUGGUAGUCUAUUCACCAUUUUUCUCACAGCUCCAUUGCAGGCCUUCUGUUUGUUGCUUGGUGUUCCAGGUUCUGAAAUUGAGAUGGAUACAUAUAAGAAGGUAGAGAAGUUUCUCUCUUCAUCAUUGAAUGACUGGGGAUCAGCACUGGCAACUUCAGAUAAUCUUAAUCCAGUAUGGGCACAGAUUUUAAGUGAUCCAUUCUUGAGGAGACUUCUUCUGAGAUUCAUAUAUUGUCAGGCAGUUUUAGCACUAUACGGACCAACCUUUGAGAAGAAAAAUUUUCAACCCAAGUGCAUGCCUUCUCUGCCAGGGUGUGUGCUGCCAAGCUCGAUGAUAUCUCAAACUGUAGUUCUACAGAUGGCCAAUGUAUUUGGUGCAACCGAUAAAUUUAUUUUUGCAGAAGGGAUUGUGCUUCCGCAGAAUACAGAAACUGAGCAUUGAAAUGUAGAGAUUUUGAAUUUCAUUUUGCAGUUGGGCUGGUCUAAAAAUCCUGCUGAUUUAAGCACUUCGGGAUGAUGGUCCUGAGUUUCUUCUGUUAUCCUCUUCCCAAUGGUGACUACAGCAUGGGAUGCCUUUACGCUGAAAUUGUUGAUUGCUUUUGUGUGUUUGCUUGCAAAUUGAAAUUCGUAUUUUAAAAUUAUAAGAAUUUUUUUUGUUUUUCA